AUGGCUCCAGCAUCUACCGCUGAUGACGAAGAUGACUACAUGAACAUGACCUUCGAGGAAGCCGCUCCGAACAAAAAGGCGGAAACCCUCACACAGAAAAAGAAGCGACUCGCCCGUGAAGCCGAGCAAGCACAGCCAAAAUCCAAGGCGCAACUGGCUGAAGAAGAGCGCAAAAAGAGAGAAGAGGCUUUGAAUAAGACUGCUCUAGACACCAGUAGCAAGGGCUAUAAGAUGAUGGCCGCCCUGGGCUACAAAGCUGGAAGUGCGCUGGGUGCAUCACGGCCUACGGUAGACGGCGAGAAGGACUCUCGACUACUCGAACCGAUUGGUCUCGAGAUGAAAGACUCGCGGAGUGGGAUUGGCGCAGACGCCGAGAAGAAGCGGAAGUUCAGAGAGGAGGUCGAGGCGCAGCAAGAUGUGGACAAGAAGCGGAAGGUCGAGGCCGUGGACUUUCGAGAACGACAGCAGAAAGAGCGAGAGGAUAAACGGAAAGAGGGCCAGAUGUGGGGUGCGAUGAAAGUAUGUGAACGGCUGGAGGAAGAGGAAGAGGCAGAUGUUGAGGCAGCAACAGACGCCGCUGAUCGUACAUUCAAGCACACAAAACCACUGCGAGGCGUGAACGUCCUCUGGCGCACACUCAUUAAGCAGAGAGCAAUCAACGAGCGGGAUCGCAGGAUGAGGUAUGAUCUCCAUCAGUCGCUGUCGCGGCGGCCUGACUACAAUGACCCCGAAGAAGAUGGCGAAGAGCAGAUCGCCUUUGCGAAGAAGCCUGCAACUACAGAGGAGGAAGAUGUCUCCUUGGAUGAGGAGGACGAGGAACUGGAUGAAUUCGAAGCCCUCGAGGUGUCGGAUAAGUUGGACAAGCUGGUCGCUUACCUCCGUGAGCGCUGGAAAUACUGCUUCUGGUGUAAAUUCAGAUAUCCGGAUGAGGCUAUGGAUGGGUGUCCGGGCAUCACUGAAGAGGCUCACGAUUGA